AGGGUGGUCUUCCGGCAUGGAUGUUGACUGGGAAUCCAGACAUGCAGCUUCGUACCGCGGACCCCCCUUUUCUGAGUUUCGUGGACAGGUGGUUCCGGGUUCUAUUUGAGAAAAUUACACCUUUACUCUACGGCAAAGGAGGCCCUAUUUUCAUGGUCCAGGUCGAGAAUGAGUACGGGAAUUACUUCCAAUGCGACCAGGGAUAUUUACGAUGGUUGUCGGAGAAGAUGUCGAGUUAUGUGGGUAAAAAUGCCGUCUUGUACACGACGGAUCCAGCGAGUGACAGCGCCUUCAAGUGCGGCCCCGCUCCAGGCGCCCUGGCCACAGUCGAUUUCGGCGCCGGAAAUGACGUAGAUGCUAUCUUCGACUUCAUGAGCUACCGAAACAAAGGAGGACCGUUGGUCAACUCGGAAUGCUACUCGGGGUGGUUGACGCACUGGACAGAACAUUUCGGUGGGGAGGCGACAGGAGCAGUCGUGAAAACCAUGAUAGACAUCCUGAAACGGAACGCGUCGCUCAGUAUUUACAUGAUCCACGGCGGAACCAACUUCGGAUUUACAUCAGGUGCAAACGGUCUUCCAUAUAAACCUGAUAUAACAUCCUAUGACUAUGAUGCGCCAAUUGACGAGGCAGGAGAUCUCACGACAAAAUAUUUUGCGAUACGAAGUGCCCUCCAAAAACACAAAGAUUCUUACAACUUGGACUUCGAUUACGCAAGGGAAAAGACGCCGAUGAAUUACCCGAAAAAAGCUUAUGGUUCCGUCAAACUUUCCGCUGUUGUGUCAAUUUUUAACGCACCUGAUAUCUAUGACGAUGAGCCAGUUUACGAGAAAAUCCCUCAGAGCUUUGAGACGUUGGAAAUAUAUUCAGGUUAUGUGCUGUAUGAAACGUACAUUCCAAAAAAAUUCCCUGACUUCGCUUCUUUGUCGAAUUUAAAAAUUCGAGACAGAGCAAUUGUUUAUUUGGAUGAGGAACAAAGAGCUAUUUUUAAUAGGUCAUCCGAACAUUAUUCAUUGACUCUUUUGCAAAAAGAUAAAGGGAAAAAAUUGAGCAUAUUCAUCGAAAAUCAGGGAUACAUUAACUACGAAAAGCAUAUGCAAGGGGAUUUUAAGGGUCUUCUUUCGAUUCCUGCGGUGGAUGGGAGACCGCUUCUGGGAUGGACCAUGACCAAAAUCAGUUUGUCAAACGUAAAACCACUCCACGACAUGCUGACCACUCCUAACAGCUCGAUGGUUAAACUGCCAGCUUUCUACAUGGCAGAGUUUAAAUUGCCCCAAGAGAAUGGAUCCUAUUCUCAACCUGCAGAUACAUUCCUGGACCCAAGCGGAUGGGGAAAAGGCGUCGUGUUCGUGAACGGAAAGAACAUGGGCCGUUAUUGGCCCAGCGUUGGGCCCCAAAUAACGCUGUAUAUACCGGGCUGUUACUUGAAAGCUUACCCCGGAGUCAACAAAUUGGUCAUCUUGGAGGAAGAAAAAGUUCCUGAAACGCUCGAGAUGAAGUUCCAGGAUAGGCAUAGAUUAAGGGGGUAAGGAAGGCCCAUGUUGAUAACAGUAAUUCAGUCAACUUUGAUGCCCCUUUAAUCAGGAUCUACUGUGUAUUUUUUUCCAAAAAAAUGUUUUGGUUAGAUUCCAUAGAAUCUUUGGAUCGAUUUAACACGAGGUUUUUUGGAACUUCGGUUCAACGUUUCCAGAAAAUUUUGACUUUGAGAACUCAUACCAUUUUUGGAAAUCAAUUUUAUUUAAAAAGAAAAUAGCCCUUGGGAAAGUGAGGAGAUAAAUACCUAAAGUCAAAAAAAAAAAAGGAAAAGAAAAAAAGACCCAAUAGAUCCUGAGGAAAGGAACGGUUUAUGUCAAAAAGCGUGGUUCACGGAAAAUCAGAGUUUUAAAAAAUAAGUAAUAAAAACAACAGUACAUGAGUACAGCUGCACAAUACCUAGACUUUCCCUCACUUUGAAAUCUCCUCAAACCUGACCUAUUCAUCAGACUUUAAACGAAUUGGUCAUAUUUGAUUCGUGAGAGUAUGCAAAACCAAAAUUGCCAAUAAACCGAAAAUCUAAAAAUCUUGACUUUUCUU